UCCCUCCGCUCCCCCCUCCUCUGGCUCGCUCUCCCUCUCCCUCCGCCCGCCCCCCGCCCCGCGUGCCUGUGUGUGCUCGGCACAGGCGAGGGGGCCCGGGGAGCAGUCCGGGCUCGGCGCGCGGCGGAGCUGCGGCUGCUCCCGCUGCAGAGGGGAGCGGCGAGGCGGCCGCGCUGCGCCUUCCCGGACUUCCCAAGUGGGGGGCAGAGCCGCCGCUCACGGAGCCGCCUGUUAGCAGGCGCAGGGGAAGCGGGACCUCCCAACUCCUCCUCGGCGCCUCCUCUCCACCCCCUGUUGGCCCCUGCCCUUGGAGAAAGUGGAGUGUGGCGCGCGGUCGUCGUUACUCCUUCAGACAGCUUCGCGGCGCACGGAUUCCGCUGCUGCCCGGCGGGGCUCUCCGCAGUCGGCGCUCCUCCGUGUGUGCCUCCCCCCGGCGCACCUCUGUCGACGAUGAGGAAAGGUCUGCGGGCGACAGCGGCCCGCUGCGGACUGGGGCUGGGAUACGUGCUGCAGAUGCUCGUGCUACCUGCCCUGGCCCUGCUCAGCGCCAGCGGCACCGGCUCGGCCGCUCAAGAGGACGACUUUUUUCAUGAACUCCCAGAAACCUUUCCAUCUGAUCCACCUGAGCCUCUGCCACAUUUCCUUAUUGAGCCUGAAGAAGCUUAUAUUGUGAAGAAUAAGCCUGUGAACCUGUAUUGUAAAGCCAGCCCCGCCACCCAGAUCUACUUCAAGUGCAAUAGUGAAUGGGUUCAUCAGAAGGACCACAUAGUAGAUGAAAGAGUGGACGAAACCUCUGGUCUCAUUGUCCGGGAAGUAAGCAUUGAGAUUUCACGCCAGCAAGUGGAAGAACUCUUUGGGCCUGAAGAUUACUGGUGCCAGUGUGUAGCCUGGAGCUCGGCGGGUACCACCAAGAGCCGGAAGGCCUACGUGCGCAUUGCAUAUCUGCGGAAGACAUUUGAGCAGGAACCCCUGGGAAAGGAAGUAUCCUUGGAACAGGAAGUCUUGCUCCAGUGUCGACCACCAGAAGGGAUCCCAGUGGCUGAAGUGGAAUGGUUGAAAAAUGAAGACAUCAUUGAUCCUGUUGAAGAUCGGAAUUUUUAUAUUACUAUUGAUCACAACCUCAUCAUCAAGCAGGCCCGCCUCUCAGACACUGCCAACUAUACUUGUGUGGCCAAAAACAUCGUCGCCAAGAGGAAAAGCACAACCGCAACUGUCAUAGUCUAUGUAAACGGUGGCUGGUCUACCUGGACAGAGUGGUCUGUGUGUAACAGCCGCUGUGGACGAGGGUAUCAGAAGCGCACAAGGACCUGCACCAACCCAGCCCCACUCAAUGGUGGUGCCUUCUGUGAAGGGCAGAGUGUGCAGAAAAUAGCCUGCACCACGUUAUGCCCAGUGGAUGGCAGGUGGACCUCAUGGAGCAAGUGGUCGACUUGCGGGACCGAGUGCACGCACUGGCGCAGGAGGGAGUGUGCGGCACCCGCGCCCAAGAACGGAGGCAAGGACUGCGACGGCCUCGUCUUGCAGUCCAAGAACUGCACGGAUGGUCUGUGCAUGCAGAGUUUCAUUUAUCCUAUUUCAACUGAGCAGAGAACCCAGAAUGAAUAUGGAUUUUCUUCUGCUCCUGAUUCAGACGACGUUGCUCUGUAUGUUGGCGUUGUGAUCGCUGUGAUAGUUUGCCUGGCCAUUUCUGUAGUUGUGGCCCUCUUUGUGUAUCGGAAGAAUCACCGUGACUUUGAGUCUGAUAUUAUUGACUCUUCUGCACUCAAUGGAGGCUUUCAGCCUGUGAACAUCAAGGCAGCAAGGCAAGAUCUCCUGGCAGUACCCCCAGACCUCACGUCAGCUGCAGCCAUGUACAGAGGACCCGUUUAUGCCUUGCAUGAUGUUUCGGACAAAAUCCCAAUGACCAACUCUCCAAUUCUGGAUCCACUGCCUAACCUGAAAAUCAAAGUGUACAAUACCUCAGGUGCUGUCACACCCCAAGAUGACCUCUCUGAGUUUGCAUCAAAGCUGUCCCCUCAGAUGACCCAAUCCUUGUUGGAGAAUGAGGCCCUCAACCUGAAGAAUCAGAGUCUAGCAAGGCAGACGGACCCAUCCUGCACUGCGUUUGGCACCUUCAACUCCCUCGGCGGUCACCUUAUCAUUCCCAAUUCAGGAGUAAGCUUGCUGAUUCCCGCUGGGGCCAUUCCCCAAGGGAGAGUCUACGAAAUGUAUGUGACUGUACACAGGAAGGAAAAUAUGAGGCCACCCAUGGAGGACACACAGGCGCUCCUGACCCCUGUGGUGAGCUGUGGGCCUCCAGGAGCUCUGCUGACCCGCCCUGUCAUCGUCACUCUGCAUCACUGCGCAGACCCCAGUACCGAGGACUGGAAGAUACAGCUCAAGAGCCAGGCAGCGCAGGGACAGUGGGAGGAUGUGGUGGUGGUCGGAGAGGAAAACUUCACCACCCCCUGCUACAUUCAGCUGGACGCAGAGGCCUGCCACCUCCUCUCCGAGAACCUUGGCACCUACGCCCUGGUUGGGCAGUCCACCACCAAAGCAGCCGCAAAGCGCCUGAAGCUGGCCAUCUUCGGGCCACUCUGCUGCUCCUCUCUGGAGUACAGCCUCCGCGUCUACUGUCUGGAUGACACUCGGGACGCCCUGAAGGAAGUCUUGCAGCUCGAAAGGCAGAUGGGAGGGCAGCUCCUAGAAGAACCUAAGGCUCUUCACUUUAAAGGCAGCACCCACAACCUGCGCCUGUCCAUUCACGAUGUCGCCCACUCCCUCUGGAAGAGCAAACUGCUGGCCAAAUAUCAGGAAAUUCCCUUCUACCAUAUCUGGAGUGGGUCUCAGAGAAACCUCCACUGCACGUUCACUCUGGAAAGAUUCAGCCUGAACACAGUGGAGCUGGUCUGCAAACUCUGUGUGCGGCAGGUGGAGGGAGAAGGGCAGAUCUUCCAGCUAAACUGCACCGUGUCCGAGGAACCGACUGGCAUCGACUUGCCUCUGCUGGACCCAGCGAGCACCGUCACCACCAUGACGGGACCCGGUGCUUUCAGCAUCCCUCCCCCCAUCCGGCAGAAGCUGUGCAGCAGCCUGGACGCCCCACAGACGAGGGGUCACGACUGGAGGAUGCUGGCCCAUAAGCUAAACCUGGGCAGGUACUUGAAUUACUUUGCCACCAAAUCAAGUCCAACUGGCGUCAUCCUGGAUCUUUGGGAAGCACAGAACUUCCCAGAUGGAAACCUGAGCGUGCUGGCAGCUGUCUUGGAGGAAAUGGGAAGACAUGAAACAGUAGUGUCGUUAGCAGCAGAAGGGCAGUAUUGACCCAGGCUGGGGCUGAAAGUGGAGGAGGAGAGUCACAGGGAGUCUGUGGACGUCCAGGGGCUCAGAGCUGAGGAGGAAACCCCGUCUAGACCAGUGAGCUCCACAGGCAAGAUUGCAGCGGGAGAGAGAAGGAAGACAGACACAACUACCAAUAUACAUGCCCACUCUACUCGGACAUCGUCACAGGAGUUAAGAACAAUUGUACAAAUGUGUAUCUUGAAUUUAGAAGUCAACCUAAUUUUCCUCUUAGUUGGGCUGUAUGCUGUGUGGUACAGGAUCUUACAGUUUCCUAGGAAACGCUUUUUAUUGCUAUCCAGAUAUAUGGAUAAACUUUCUUAACAAACCCAGUUUCUUACAAACGUUGUUUACAUCAAAUUGGACAGGGAUGCAGACACUGUCCAUGGCUCGUUCUAUUUUUGUUUAAAUCAUUUGAAGUUGAAGCUGUGGACGGUUUGCUGUGUCUCUUUCAGAUUAGUAAUUUACAGAGAAAUCACAGACUUUUCCUACAAAUCAUGUGCAUCAAGUGUCUCCGAUAAUCCUCCCAUCAGUGUUCUGUUUCUAGAACUUGUAGAACCAGUGUUACUGUUCGUAUCAGGGAAGAAGUGGAGAAUCUAAGUAUAAAGGAGAGAGAGCUAAGACUCCCUUAUUCCUUGAGGGCACCCACCUCAUGCCCUUGGGGAAUAAAGCUACAGCAUGGCAGGGAAGACAGGGAUUCAUGUUCAACCACACCAACAAGCAUUUUUUUCACAACGUGUGUGCAUAAUAUGCAACUUGAAGUGGUUUUUUUUUUUUUAAAAGGUAUUAUUAUUAUCAUCAUUAUUAUUAUUGAUGAGUAAUUACAGGUAUUCUAGUAAAAGGAUUUUCUUUUAAACUUGUUUUUGUUAGCAGUACUGUUAGUAUUUAGGUAUUGACCUGACCCGGGCACCUUCUCAUAACAAGGUGGGCGCGGUCACCAGUUUAAUGAAACAGGCAUUGCUUCCUUGACCUUUUAUCUUUCUUCCAUCAUUCUGCCUGGAAAGGAGGUAAACGCUUACUGGCUUUGUCAGUCUGGUCUCUGAGCUUGCUCAGGCGGGGGCUUUGUCCUCUGAGUCUCGUCAUGAGAAGUGUUCUGAUUCAGGCUUACUCAGCACUGUGGUCACACAGCCCCACACGCCUCUCGUGGGUCCUCUGUCUACCUUGGAGGCAAUGUGGUUGAAGGAACAGCCUCUGAGCUGGAAACCGGUUCUCCUUCUGGGUUUGUCAUUGUCUAGCUGUGCUACCUUGGGAGAGUCAUUUACCCUCACUGGACCUCAGCUUCCUCACCUGUAAAUGGAAGGGAUGGGACUAGAUCAGCUCAAGGUUCUAAAAUGCUCGACUUCCACUGUGAUGCCCCCAGUCUCCUUCAUCAGUAUGAAGACCACAAUGGACGCUGACCUGGAUCAUUUAAAGAUUCAGCUAGUCUUUCGCCCAGGCUACAUUAUGCCUUUCAGAUAGUUCCGACUUGGAAGAUAAUUAUUCUAACCUGUAACAUAUUUGUUAUGCUUUCAAGUCUUGUCUUUGUGUCAUUGCAUCAUGCUGUUCACCCAGAGAUGGCAUCCCUUUAUUAUCACUUUCUUUCCUCUCUUGGGACCAGUUGCCUUCCUGACUAGUUGCAAAUUAUGUUCUAUUAUUGUCUUGGUCAAAAUUUUUUUAAUUAAAAAAAUUUUUAACUGAAAAAUAGUUAGUCAACAGACUACUUUGUGUAAACUAUGGUAUUUCCUUAGGACCAUCACAGGCUCUUUGUUUUAACACAGGAACUCCAUUCAUUCAGCAGGUGGGGAAUAAAGAGUCAACAGCCCAGGAGCCAAACCAAGAUUGAACAACAAGCACCCGUGCGUAUGAAUCAGAACUUUCAAAACAUGGCUGUGGUUAACUUCUGGGCUGGAGGUAUCCAAGUUGCUGACUGGAUUUGAAUUAGAAAUAAUUUUAUACCCUUUUCCCCUUCUUUCCACAUAUAUUUCCUCUCCUGACUAUUUUAGUAACUUUCUGAUAUUCCCAGGUUCCUCCAUCCUCAUCAUCGAGAAACUGUUGAUACCUUGUGGGGAGCCUGUUCUUUCCUGCCUUUUAUUUCUUAUCUUCUGUUUUAGAUACAUAUUCCAUAAUCUCUCUCAGACCACACCCUGUACCAUAUAUAAGAAUAUGUUACACUUACUGUGAAAGGGAGAGAUUGCACUAACAAGUUCAGUGGAUAAUGCUUAUAACCGAUGCAUCUUUGACCAAAAGAUAGUAAAAUUAUAUUCUACAUUAAAAAAAAUUUAAUAAUUUUUAAACAGGAGGAGGAAAGAGAGCUGUUGUCCAUUGCUGCAUCUUAAAAUAACUUCUCAAGGUUACUCACCCUUACUGGUUUGGGGGGCUGUCAUCUAUGGAAGUCAAGAAUUAGACAUCUGAUACCUAAGGAAAAAUAGAAAGGAGCAAAUAUGUAGUAUUCAGAUAAACCAAUUCCAAAACUGACUAAAAAAAAGUCAUCAACACAGAACUAUAGAACACAGCAGGAACUGUAUUUUUGAGGCCCCCAUUGAGGGGGAGGGCCUUUGGGGUUCACUUUGGGUGCUUCGUGGUUUUUGGUUCUACAUCUCAGCAGCAGGAACGGGAAGAGCGGUUGAGUCCCUGUAAGUGAGGUAUUCAUCUGUCAUUAGACCCUGUUAUGUUCCCUAUCAAUCAGGUGAAUGGCAACUUCCAUAGGUACAGCACAGCAUUUACAUUUAUAUCAAAUAAUUUUCCCUGCCGAUUCUGAUUUCCUUCUUUCGGGGCAGUGAAGUAAUCGCUGUCAGACUGCUCUCAAACUCAGAAGAUCCAGACUCAACAGUUCAGUACGUAGGGAGCCCCCUUAUCAGCCAUCCUGUAACAUGUCCUGCCUGUCAGUCACUCCUCGGGCUUCUAUGUAGGUUGUGAGGAAAGAGCAGUUUACUUCAUCUGGAAGGGAAAAAAAAUCGAUCACUUGUGCAUGACGCCAUCUAGUGGUGGACAACACAACCUACCGAGUCUAAUAGGAAAACUCGGGAAAAGUUUGACCAAGGGAAUGGAUACCUAUAGCGUCUACAGGACCUUUAUGACAAAUAGACGUGGGGAAGUUUUCACUUCAAGUAUAGUUUUCUUAUUCUCAUAUUGUUUUUCACUUAAAUUAGCCAUACCAAAAAUUACAUGUCCUCAUGAGCCUAGUACGUUUGUUACUAACUCGUUCAUACACAACACGUCUCAAGUUGGGUUUUGGUUAUCGGAAUAAUCGAAGUACAUAAAAAUCUGUACAAAACAGUUUUUGAAGAGUUGUCAUUUUUAAUAUUUAUAUUUUUCAUUGGGCCUUUAUAUGUUUUAAAUCUUACUUUUAGUUCUCUAGUAUUUAUUUUUGAGGGUGUAAGAAGCAUCCACUUAGAAAUAAGUUUUAUAUAUACAAAUGAAAAUAAUGCGUCUAAUGAAGUGGAAACUGUGGUUGAUAACCAAGGAGGAGAAAUUAGCCUCCUUCUGAAUUUGGGGAUCUAAAGGCAGAGGUUUCCUCCUGUGUUCAUUUUCCUCCCACCAGACUCAUUGAAAUUUCCUUUAAGUGAUCUGGAAGGAACAGAAGUUAGAUUCAGAACUGAUAACUGAGCACAAGGUGAUACCAAACAUGUAACACCGAGGAGCUCACAGCCAGUAGCCUCUUCAUAAACAGCAGGAACACCAGUAUGGAGACUCAGCUCAGCUACCCAGAAAAACCCCCAUAUUGUCACAGGAGCGAUGUGAGCUCUUCCAAGGCAGGGCAAUAUUUGGGGUGAGGUGUCCGUUGUUAAAUUGCAUAACCAUUAGCCAUUUUUUUAUAUACUAUGAUUUUGUAGAUUUUAAUCUCCCAACUUUCAAAUAUUAGAACCAUUGUUUAGGAAGAAGUCAUGGAGACUGAGUUCAGGACACUCGAGAAACUACACAGUAAUAUUUUUUUAGAGGUAUUUCUCCUAUAAGAAAGAUAUCUUAAACAUUCCAAUAGUAUACUCGAGUUUUUUUUUUUUUUUUCCUACUUCUGGAGAAGAGCAGACAAGGCUCUUGCUUAUGUGUCCGUAAGUGUGAACUAUCUGUGUCGGGGACACAGCAGCUGUGCUCCUGGCCCACUGACUCCGCUGUCUCUGUCAUUAAUGUUUGAGGAAGGGAGCAGUAGAUGAUCACUGUCUCCUCAGAAUUCACAGCCUUUGCCACCACAAGGUCUGCCCCCAUGGGGUCAAGCAAAUAAAAUUACUGACCUGCAAGAGAGGGUAAAGUAGGUAGAAAAAGUUUAGUUGUCGAAUUCUCAGUCUGCAGGUCGAAUGGGAGCGUUGGCUCUCGCUGAGCAGCUGCUCUGGUCAAGGUAUCAGUCUCGCACGGAGGCCUCAGUCCUCAGUCCAGGUCCACGGCCGAUGAAAGCAGGGAUGACUGUGGAAACAGCCAAAGUGAAAUUGGGUUUUAUCCAUCUUCUGAGAACAGGCAAGCUUUUGUGAGUCAGAAUGCCAUUGCUCAAAGCCGACUAUCUGUAAAGAUGAUGAUGGUCAAUGAGCAUUAGAUUUUAUGGAUCCAAUAAGGAAAAUAUUUUUAUUAUUGAUUAUCUCAAGGUAAUCAAAUAUUGUUUUACCUUUCGAGUGCCUCAUAGCACCAACUAUUACACUUUGCUUUUUCGGUUUUUUUGUAUUUUUUUUUUUUAACCUUACUGAGCUAAUGUUGACUGAAAUCCUUAGAACUUUGCCUCUGUGCAAUGAAGUGCUGUUUCUUUACCCUAAGAAAUCUAUUUGUAUACUCUCUGGCUGUAAUGAUGACUUUGAAAUAGUUCCUUUGCCUCUCAAUUGAUUUUUUUUCCCCCAUGGAAUAGGCAUGAGGGGAAUACAUACAUUGUAAGCAUUGUUCAUUUAAGCCUGUGUUCAUACAGGUCAAGUAAGCCAAAUGGAGUCAUAAAUAUCUCCGGAAUUCAUGCCUGAAACCUCCUAUUUUUGAAAAGUAGGGAGAUGGCCUUGUAUGUCACUGGGUGGGUUUCCGAUACAGACUAACAAUUAACUUCCUGAUCCUGUAGUUUUAUAAGCCUUGUGAUUGCUCCCAUUUUGGGAAAUCCUGCUCUAAAAAUCUGUCUUCAGAAGAGUUCACGGCGCCCAGCUUUUUCAGUGGCCCUGUCACCUCCCUGUACUGAUCUACAGGUAGGAUAUUUAUGGGCUCAUGAAACAAAACGUAACGUACACUCCCGGCCCUAUUUUAGCAUGGUCGACGGCGGUGUUGCCAGGACAGACAGGAACUCCACAAAUGCACUAGCACACAAAACCAAGCAGGUAUAAGAGGCUACUUCCCAGCCCGCUGUAUACUUAGACUUUUGUGUAUUGCAGAGAACUGUCCAGAGAUCUUUCGGAAUCCCUGCAGAAUGUCAGGAGAGUCUUGGCCUACCAGCUAUGGAGUAGGAAACAAGGAAGGUGCCCUGAGAAAAGGUCAGCUGCCCACCAGGCAAAGCAUGUGCUACCGUAUGCCAGCCUCUAAACAUGCCAUUUCAGAUUGUGCCUCAGCAAAAUUCUAAGUUGCUGAGGCCGUAGCACUUCAGGGUCUUUAAUUUAACAAACAUGCUCAAAUCCUACGUGCCAACCUUAAAUUCCAAAAGUCUCCUGGACUUGGCACUAUCACAGCUGCUGCUGAACCUGACGGCACCUACCCAGGGUGGAAUAACCAUCAGCAUUGAGUUCAGAAUGUGAAUUGUAGGCAAUUUUUGCUGAUCGGCAGCCUAAGAAUUGAUGAGCCCUUGACCUCUGAACAUCAGCACUACCGUGAGGCAACCUCCAAGAAUCAUGACCCGAACUAUGUCCUAGGUGCUAAACCUGUUUAGAGCAGCAUAAAAGAACAAGAAAUCCACAGCCAGUGGAAAGUGCUGGCCAGCAGUCGGAACAAGCUGAAUGUGCGAUUUGCAUUCUCCCCUCUGCUCCUUCCCAGGCCUCCCGUUGGUAGUGAGACCUCACCCUCGACGGGAUGCGUUUAGCCCAGUUGCAGGGACCAGCACCCCUGUGUGUGUGUGUGUUGUGUGUCAAGGUGUUGUAUGUGUUCACUGAGUUUAAUGCUGACCUGUCACAAGUUGGUGAGCUUCCUCUUCGCUCUUUCUAAAGAAGACAAGCAAUGUUUGUUGGAGAAAUCUCCCCAGCAGUCUGCGGUGAAGAGCCGUGCCAGCCACCUGCUACUCCCUAGGGAACAGUUCAACUGCAGAAAUGUCACAUUAAGGUUUUGUGCUUUGUUGUCUUUCUUUUUUUAAACACGACACAACUUUGGCUUUUCGGAUACGGAACACUUCUCUUGUUGUUGUGGAGUUCCCUCUUGCUGUAUCUUCUAUGCAAUUCCUUUUCUAGAAAACUCCUGCGGAGGCUUGCUCUCUGGGGUCCUGUCCGUGUUGCCCGUGUGCUGGAAGCGAGGGAUGCUGGCUCUGGCUGCGUCUCUCCUCUCUCCCUGGCUUCCUCUCCCCAUUUUCCUGCAGUCCCUCGGUUUGUAAAUUUGCCUGCAUUUAUCCUGUCAGCCAACAUGUACACAAUGUAAAAGAAUUUUUA